AUGUCAAUCUUAUUACAAGCCGCCAAGAAGAAGAGCGGAACUAAUGUUCCUGUUGAAAUGUACCCUUUGUUCUUAUGUGUUGGUGUUGCUUGUGGGUCAUUAGCUUUCUUCACAUACAGACACUUUGCUUUUGAUGAGCAAUUGAGAUUGUGGAAGAACCCCAACUUGUCCAGUUUGGAUGACGUCUUGAACAAGGCUGUUACCGAAGAAAAGAAGGAGGAUUAA